UUCAGUACCAGGCUGGAGUAGUGGGAAUGGCUCCAGGGUCAGUGGUGUGUUCAUCUUGUGAGAUAGAAACAUAGAAAAACUACAGCACAAUUCAGGCCCUUCAGCCCACAAAGCUGUGCUGAACAAGUCCCUACCCUAGAAAUUACUAGGCUUACCCACAGCCCUCUAAUUUUCUCAGCUCCGUGUACCUAUCCAACAGUCUCUUAAAAGAAUUGUGGGAGUUCUGGGAGACCUCCAGUGUCCCCGAUGGCUACAUCUGCACGAGGUGCAUCCAGUUGCAGCUCCUUACAGACCGUGUUAGGGAACUGGAGCUGCAGCUGGAUGACCUUCAGUCCCUAUGGGAGAACAAGAAGUUCAUAGAUAAGAGCUACAGGGAGGUAGUUACUCCUAAGCUGCAGGAGGCAGGUAGCUGGAUGACUGUCAGGAGAAGGAAGGAGAAUAGGCAGGUAGUGCCGAGUACCCCUGUGGCCAUUCCCCUCAAUAACAGGUAUACUGCUUUGGAUACUGUUGAGGGGGAUGACCCACCAGGGGAAAGCUGCAGUGACCAGGUCUCUGGCACUGAGCCUGGUCAUGUGGUGCAGAAGGGAAGGGGGGAGAAGAGGAGGGUGGUAGUGAUAGGGGCUUCCAUAGUAAGGGGGGCAGACAGGAGAUUCUGUGGACGUGAAAGAGACUCCCGGAUGGUACGUUGCCUCCUGGGUGCCAGGGUCAGGGACGUCUUGUAUCAGAUCCACAGCAUUCUGAAGGGGGAGGGUGAACAGCCAGAGGUCGUGAUACAUAUUGGUACCAAUGACAUAGGUACAAAAAGAGAUGAGGUCCUGAAGAGUUAAGUAGGAAGCUGAAAAGCGGGACUCAAGGGUAGUAAUCUCUGGAUUGCUGCCAGUGAGGGUAAGAAUAGUUUGAUUUGGCAUAUGAAUGUGUGGCUGAGGAAUUGGGGCCGGGUUUCAGAUUGAACCCGCUCUCUGGAUCACCAUGUGCACAGCACAUUGAAUAUACAGGUUUAUAGUCCCCUUCAUGUAGCGGACUGGGGGCUGGCUGUUUACCCUUUCGUUAGAUCACAGCCCGUCUGACUGCCGCCUCACCUCCACGUUCCCAUCUACCUGGUGCCUCUCAAGUGUUGGUCUCCUUCUGCGUCUCGAACAUUCACAGCUCUGCUUCCACUGCCCUUUGAGGGAGGAGAGUUCCAAAGACUCGCCACCCUCUGAGAGGGAAAACAAUUUGCCUCGUCUCUGUCUUUAUUUUCAAACAGUAAAUCCUGGAUUUGCCUCUUUCCCCCAGGAAAGGGAAUCAAAAACUAUAGAGAGCAUAGGACUAAGGGCGAUGGAUUACAACCUCAGUUUACUGCUGCAGCCUGACAGUCUGGAUGGAAGCACAGAAGCAAAACGCAAGAAGAGGUUGAAGCACAACAUGGGGGACCAGUUAUCAUGUUCUGUCGCUGAAGGGAACAUGGAGAAAUUCAAUAGCCUGCUGCGCAUCAUUCAGAUUACCAGGAUGAAACUCACAGAGCCCUGGUUCUCGGACUAUAAGACGGGGAAGACCUGCCUGAUGAAAGCCUUGCUGAACCUGAACAGCAACACACAGGAAAUGGUUAAGAAGCUGAUUCUGGCGGCAGAGAACAAUGGUUGUUUAAACCAGCUGAUUAAUGCUGAGUAUAUUGACAAAGAUUAUAAAGGUCAAACAGCCCUCCACAUCGCCAUCGAGAGGCGCUGCCCAGACAUCGUGCGCCUCCUGCUGGAGAAAGGGGCUGACGUCAACGCACGGGCCACGGGAAAGUUCUUCAAACUGAGCAGAAAGCGGUGUGGCUUUUACUUUGGUGAACUACCACUCGCCCUGGCUGCCUGCACCAACCAGCCCGAGACUGUGUCACUUCUCAUGUCCUACCAAGGAACCAAGGUCGGGGAACAAGAUUCCGAGGGGAACACUGUACUCCAUGCGCUGGUCACGGUAGCUGACGACACUGAGGACAACACCAAGUUUGUCACAGAAAUGUACAACAAGAUCUUGAUCGAAAACAAAGGCGGCAAUCUGGAAGAAGUCAGGAAUGUGAAAGGGCUGACCCCACUGCAGCUCGCGGCCAAACUCGGCAAGUUUGAGAUAUUCCGGAAUAUUCUCAAUCGAGAGAUAAUAGACAAGCAGCACAGCAAACUCUCCAGGAAGGUCACAGACUGGGCUUACGGACCAGUUUCCUCUUCGCUGUAUGACCUCACGGGAGUGGAUACCACAGAAAAGAAAUCUGUUCUGAAGAUUGUGGUGUUUAACACCAAAAUCCAGAACCGCCACCUGCUGCUGUCUGUGGAGCCUCUGAACACUCUGCUCCAACAGAAGUGGGAGAAGUUUGCAGUCUACAUGUUCACAGCCAGCUGCGUGCUCUACAUACUGUACAUAACCAUUUUCACCACUAUCUAUUAUGACCAAUCACACACACAUGAGUCUCUCUUUCAGAUGAAUGCUACAACCACUUCACAGCAGUUCAGUGGACGAGUUUUAAUUCUACUGUGGGCUUGUGUUUUAUUGAUCAUGGAAGUAGUGAUGAUUAGCCAGCUGCGAUUCUCAGACCUCCAGUCAGUGGUGACAGAAGCCUGGUUCCACAUCCUGUUCUUCUUGCAGGCUGGGCUGGUGGCUUGCUCCGCCGUAUUGUACUGGUUGGGUGCAGACCUCCACCGAGCAACGCUGAUGGGGGCCUUGGCUCUCGGCUGGAUUAAUGUCCUGUACUACACCCGGGGAUUCCAGAGCAUGGGAAUCUACAGCGUCAUGCUGCAAAAGAUCCUGUUAAGCGAUGUGGUGCAUUUCCUGUUUGUCUAUUUGCUGUUCCUAAUUGGUUUUUCUGCAGCUCUUGCCUCCCUGAUUCAGAGAUGUCACAACACAGGGAAGUGUAGCCCUUUUGACUCGUUCACCAUGGCCAUGCUGGAACUCUUCAAGCUCACCAUCGGACUGGGAGACCUGGAAAUCCAGAGCCAAGCCCUCUACCCAAAUCUCUUCCUCUUCCUUCUGGUGCUGUAUGUCGUCCUGACCUUUAUCCUGCUUCUCAACAUGUUAAUUGCAUUGAUGGGAGACACGGUGGGGAACCUCUCCAAAGACAGCAAGAACAUCUGGAAACUUCAGAGAGCGAGAACCAUUCUGAACUUGGAGGAGUACUUGCCAAAGUUUUUGAAGAAAAAAUUUCAACUAGGAAUAGUGCUCAAUGGCAAGAGAUACAUCAGGAUCAACGAAGUGAACUGGACAGCGUGGAGCACGAGUGUAGCUCGCAUCCGUGAAGACCCAGGAGAGGAGGAAGGAGAAGAAACCACUUGUGAAAGCUCGGAUGAAGCAGAUAGAACAUUAUUACCACCAAGUGAAAGCAUUCAGAGGAGAAGAUUCUGGGCCAGGGGAAGAUGGAAUCUGGGCCCCAAGAGGAGACACAGAGAGAGAGUGAACAGGCAAAGGAGAGCAGAACAAACAGAGAUAAAUGUGAUUUCAGAACAAAGUACACCACCGACUCUAGAGGCUACAGAGCUCAAGGAGGCGGACGAUGCUGGCCCAAGCGGAGACACAUUGUCUAUUGCACUGUUUCAGCACAAAUAAACUAAAUCAAUGUGGCCUCAGUGGUUAGUAACCUGAUGCAGGCCAACACUCUCAGAGCACCAAGGGGACACUGAAUGUCAGAUGCCACAUAAACCAAGAUCCAAUCCAUCUGUUCAGGAUGUCAAAGCAACAUUUCAGGUAAUUCUGAGGGUGCCCUGGCCAACUCCAAAUCCAAAUCCCACGGUAUCUACAAAUGCAUGCUACUGACAGCUGCAGGUUGUUGGCAGUGGCACAAUUGGUUUUGCAUUGCACUUCAGGUCACAGCUGGCAACACCCGAGAGGAUGUUGGAAACAACUUCAGAAAGACCCUGGAAAAGUCUUUCUGGCUCUGGGAGAAGAGCAGGAGGGUGAUAGUAAUUGGGGAACUUAAAGAAUUGCCACAGGCAUGAGCGGCCAAAUGGCCUCCUCGCUCUAGUUAAUGCUAACCUUGCAUACUUUAGGUGAUACAUAAAUGCAAGUUAAUCUGUCUCUUGCCCUGCUGGAUAAGCAGAACCAAAUAGCUAACAUUUCAUAUAAAUUGAAACAAUAAAAGUCUAUUUUUUUUACAGGAUAUAUAGGGCAGAGUUUAAUGGCUUUCAUACUCUGCAGAAAUCAAUGCAAUCAUUCUAACUUAGCCAUCCCCAAAUGUUGCAUCAAGUAAUAAGCCACAAUGAGCAGGUUCCAUCCUCAGUCUGUGAUGAACUAAUUGACCUCAAAAAGGUUACAACAGGGGACAUCAAUUCUUCACUCAAAUGCCCCUAUAGGAGAGUGCACAUUGCUUGAUAGUGGGCAAGGACACCAACGCAGUUCCAGUUGUAACCCACCCACUACUGAAGCUAAUCCUUGGGUAUUGUGCACGUGGACACUUGGACAAUCUGCUGCUGAACCCCAGGAUGACUCAGGCCCAGUGAAAGACAAAAAAACUGAAGCUAGUUUAAGUUAUCCUUUAAAAUCUUAAUCAUCACUUCCCAAUCUCCCUCCACAGUAUAUCAAAGACAAUCUAUUUAUGUGGUUCCAAAUAUGUUAAACUUGGGGUACUCUUAAAUACAAAUCCUUCUGAUGAUUUUUUUUCUAUAAUACAAUCACAACAAAGUUCCUGAACAAUACUUUAAACCAAGACUACAAACAAGAUGGUGAUUUUAAAUGGCAUAAUCUGUAUCCUAGACUCUUGAGUCUCCCACCAUGGGGAACACUGUCUACCAAGUCUGCCUGGUCCUAGUCCUAGAGACAGAGUCAUACAGUGCAGAAACAGGCCCAUCAGCCCAUUAUGUCCAUGCUGAGCAUUUUACCCAUCUACACUGUCCACAUUUAGGACAGUAGCCUUCUAUGCCCUUCUUAUUCAGUGCCUGUCUAAAUGUCUCUUAAAUGUAGUGACGGUACCAGAUUCCCCCCCCCCCCCCCACCACCUCUGGCAGGUGGAUACAUCCUCUGAUAGCAAUGUAAAAAAAAUUUGCCCUCAGAUACCCUUUAAAAUCUUAAACCCAUACCCUCUUGCUUUUGAUACCACUACCAUUGUAAAAGAUAAUUUACUAUACACCAUUUGAAGUGCUCCUGACUGAUCUGACUGUAACCUUAAUUCUGCAUUCCCACCCAAGCCCCAUAAACUUUCAUCCCUUUUCAAGAUUCUAUCUAACGCUGCCCUACAAAUAUUUAAGGACCAUUUUCACUGCACUUUGAAGAGAGUUUCAAAGACUCAACCUUCUGAGCAAAACAAUUUUGUCUUGUCUUCAUCUUAAAUGGGCAACCUUUUAUUUUUAAACAGUGCCCCUAGUUCUAGGCUUACCCACAUCCUCUCCUCUCAACAACCAACCUGUGAAGACCCCUCAGGAUCCCUCUCACCCUUCAGAACUCCAGUGGAAAUGAGCCUUUUGUCAUAACGUAACCCACCCAGUCCAUCAACCUCUGAACUGCUUCCAACGCAUUUAUAUACUUAAGUAAAGCAACCAAAAAUGUACAUUGUACCCCAGAUGUGUUCUCACCAAUGUAUUAUACAACAUGCAUAACCUUCCUACCUUUGUAUCUAAUUCCUUUCACAAUAAGUAUCAUUGUUAGCUUUCAUAAUUACUUGCUGUACCUGCAUACUAGACUGCUGUAAUCAUUUACCAGGACACCCAGAUCUCUUUGGGUCUGACAGCUUUACAAUCAUCAUUUAGAUGCUCCCCCUCCUUUAGAUGCUCCCCCUCCCCCCACACCCCCCAUCAAAAUGAACAAUGUCACAUCUUCCCUACAUUAUAUUCCACAUGCCAGAUCUUUUCCAACAAACCUACAUCCCUUUGCAACCUCUGUAUGAGCUCUUCAUAAUUUAUUUUCCCACCUACCUUUGUAUCAUCAGAAAAUUUAGCAACAUACCUUCAGAGUAUUCAUCCAUCUUUGUUCGGGCACCAGAACCCAACCUUGAACUUGGUAUUCCUCAAGCAGAAAAAGACCCAUUUAUGCCUGCUUGGCUUACCAUUAGCCAGCCAACCUUUAUGCUCGUCGAUAAGUCUCCCACAUCUUGAUUGGUCAAACUAAUUUUCCAGUUCACUUUCAUUAGCUCUACUUUUGAGCUUUUAUUUUCCACAGUAACCUUUGACGUGGCACUUCAUUAAGUGUCUUCUGGAAAUCAUACCGAUUCCCUUUUAUCCAAUAUAUUGGUAAAGCAUAAUUUCUGUUACAAAACCAUGCCGACUCCAAAAUAAAACCUGGAAAAUUCUGGAAGUACUCAGCAGGUUAGGCCACAUCUUCGGAUGAGAACAGAGCCAGUAUUUCAGGUUAAAGAUCUUUCUCCACAACUGGGAAGGAUAGAGCAGAGUGGAAUGUAUUCCAGUUAGACAGUGCUGGAAGAGAAGUGGAUUCAACAAGUGAAAAAUCAAAAUAACUGCAGAUGCUCGAAAUCUUCCAUUCUCUGUUUUUUUUAGAUUUCCAGCAUCUGCGUUUUUUUUAUUUUCACCACGCUGUCUGAUUACUUCAAACUUCUCUGAACGCAUGUUGAUUAAUAACUUCUAACGUUUUCCCUAUGACAGACAAUGACUUGUUUUCUAUCUCCCUCCCUUGAAUAAAGAAUCUACUUUUGUUAUUA